AGGCCAGCCGGGCGGGUGGGGCGGUAGCAGGGGGCGCGGAGUGUCUCUCUACCGGUCCAGACAGGUGCCCCCUGGGGCCGCCACCCCCAGCCCGCACCUCUCUGCAAAGGCUCUCUGCCACGCAUGUGGCUGCUGGUCCAUUCUCAAGCUGCUAGCGCCUGGGGCCACCCUGAGCCGCCCUCCCCGGUGGCAUUGUGUUCCCCGUCGACUGUGCAGCGCCCCCGAUCUGUUGGCGCACGACCUUAAUGAGCGUCAUCGUGAGCCCUUUGGUGGCAGCACCUGGCCACCUGCGGUAACAGGAGAACUCCUCCCUGGAGGCCGCCUCAGCACUUUUGUUUUCCACACUGCACGUCCCAGUGGGAGUGGAGGGAGCCUAUCCACGGAGGAUGCCCAUCCUCGCCUCGCCUGACAUCGCUGCCCGGUUCAAGGAGAAGUGGCUGCUGCUGCACCCUGAGGACCGGGACAAUGUGGGCGGGGCUGUGACCUUGGAUGACAGCCUCACCAGCCUGCAGUGGCUCCAAGACUUUUCCAUCGUCACCGCUGAUCCGGAGAGACCACCUGUCCCCAGCCACCCUCUCCACCAGCCUCCCCAGCACCUCUUCCAAGGGUCUGAGGCCCCGGCCAGCCCACCAGCAGGAGACACUGCAGCCAAGGGGAUGCCCCUGCGCCUCGGCAAACCCACCUCCACAGCCACCUCCCCUAGCACCAGCUACCUUCCCGGCCUCGGCGCAGCAGUGAUUGAUUACAAGAGCAACCCUGGGGUGAAGCCCCCUUACUCCUACGCCACCCUCAUCUGCAUGGCUCUGCGGGCCAGCAAGCAGGCCAAGGUCACCUUGUCAGCCAUCUACAGCUGGAUCACGGAGAACUUCUGCUACUACCGGCAUGCUGAGCCCAGCUGGCAGAACUCCAUCCGGCACAACCUGUCCUUGAACAAAUGCUUCCGGAAGGUGCCGCGGCAGAAGGACGAGCCGGGCAAGGGGGGCUUCUGGGAGAUCGACCCACAGUAUGCCGAUAUGUUCGUCAACGGUGUGUUCAAGCGGAGACGGCCCCUGGCCGCGCCCUACAGCCCGCCACGGCAGCACCCCGCCGUGCCCGCCCCAGAAGCUGGGUGCAGCCUCUUGUCCCCCAUGCCCCACCUGGGGGAUAGGCAGCCAGGGCACACCCCUCACCAGGCUGCCCACGGCCCUCUGCACCAGCAUGGCCAAUGCUGCCCCCUGCUGGAUGCCUCCAGCCCUCUGCCGAAGCGUGGCUGCCCAGCAGCCAGAACUGCCCCGUCCCCUCUGCUGCCCUCUAGUGGCAGAGAUGCAGAGGCCCUGCGGGGAGAUUUCGACUGGGCCGACGCCUUUGACGACGUCUUCCAGGGAAACGGCAGCAAUUUUGAGGACCUGGAUAUUAACGCAGCGCUCAGCUCGCUGGCCACAGAGGUGGACCUUGCCAUGCAAGGCAGCUACAUACCCCCUGCUGGCAAGUGGGGCGCUCUGGCUACCAAUCACCCCAGCCCAGGGGCUUCCCACUGGGAGGAUUUCACCCCCUUUGCCGACGCCCCCCAGCACCCCUGGGAGGAGGCGAAGGGGGAGGCACUCGGCAACCCCUGGGGCUUUGAGCAGGGUUUCAACUUCUGUGACAGCUUCCUCAGCGAGACGCAGCCCUGGGACAAAGUCGAUGCCUUCAUGUGAUCCCCCUCUCUCCUCUGGGGCAGGGCCCCAGGCGCCCAUGGGCUGCAGCGCCAGCCCCCCAACUGAUCAUUCUUCUCUGACUGCCCCUCACUCAGCUGAGCUGGAUCCAGGCCCUGGCAGGUUGCCGAGGUGCAACCGUUCCCCUGCGGGGAGCGCUGGGCCCCUGCCUGUCUCCUACCCCCUGGCGUGAAGGCAGGCCGAGUCCCUCCUGCUCUCCCAAGUGCUCUAUGGGCAAGGCCCUGUCUCUCUGCUGUCCCCGAAUGCCAGCACCUGUGGCUUCCUGAGCCCUCAUGCAGGGGUUGCAUGGGGAGUUGUCCCCCCCACUCCCACCCCAGCAAGCUGUAAUGCCCCAGAGCGGCGACUCGGCCGUGCAGUGACCAUUGCAGGGCAGGCCGGAUCCUGGCCCUAAGCCGCAGGAGGCUCUGUGCCCCAUUGCGGCCCCCAGGUUGCAGGGGGGGCCAAGGUGGCAGCAGCUGUGGGGCAGGACCACGGGGGAGGCGCCUGAGGAAGCUGUAGGGGAAGAGAAGGGGUGGGCAGGAGGCUCGCAGGGAACUGCCAUGAAUGGCGUCGUGCCCGAAACACACCAGGAUGGCCCAGGACAGGAGGGAAGAGCUGGCACCAGAGUUGCGUAGCCUGCCCCAACAACACCGCUGUGGGUGACCCGCUUCUUGGGCUGGGAGGGGCCUCUGCUGGGAUUGCCCCAGCCUGGGAGGGAGAAGGGAGUAGCUGUGCCAUGGCGUGAGCCCCACUGCCAGGACUUGGGUAUUUGGCAAGUGGCCUGGAGACCCAGCCGCUCCUCCUGCUGGGAGCUGCUGAUGCCCAGCCAGGGAGGGGGGUGAGCUGGCAGUGACAUUCCCUCCUGCACUCGCCUGUUGCAGUAGCUGAGCCUUGAGCUGCAGGUCUGCCUGGCAAACCAAAGGAGCCUCCCCCGGCUGCAUGGCUCCAAGCCAGUGCUGGCCACUUUCCACCCCUGAGGGAAGCAACUGGCUCUGCAGCAGGGCCCUAGCCAGCUUCACCGCUCCUAGGGCUCAUCUGGGCUGGCUGCUAGGCAUGGCAGCCUCCCCUCCCCCUCAGGGUGAAGAUGGCAGAGGUCAUCCUGCCUCAGGAGUGGGCAGUGCUACCCUUUGGAGCAGGGAGCCAGCGAGAGGCAGAGGCAAAUGGGCCAGCUGGGUCCUGUUCCCGCCUCUGACAUUAUCCUGCACUGUGAGCUUGGGGAAGUGCAGCUUGGUGCCUCAGUUUCCCCACCUGUGAAAUGAGGAAAAUGAUGAGCCAGGGGUUGAGCAAUGAGCACCCCCCAGCACACUGGAAAGUUUGUGCCCGUAGCUCCAGCCCCGGAGUCCUAUACAAGGAGCCGCAUAUGAACUUCUGAAGAGCCGCACAUGGCUCCGGAGCCGCAGGUUGGCCACCCCUGGGUUAACCGACCCUAACCUUUAGCCCCCAGCCUCGGGGGCCAGCCAGCCAGAGCAGCCCCAGCCGCAGAG